CUGAUGUCAGUCUCUGCUGUAUCUGCGGUGAUAAAGUGUGUAUAGGCGAGCUAAAAUAACCUCACAGCUAGCGUAUACGGAUAUAGAAAAGUUUAAACUUGUUACCAGAGGCGCCUGUGGCUUUAGUUACCGAGAGCAGCGCUUUUUCACCUCAACAAAUCACUGCGUUUGACUUUUAUUUUCCCUUCGCUGCUGCUGUUGUUACGCUAACGUUAGCAUAGCUAGCACAACAUCUGCUAAGCUAGCUAACUAACUACCAGCGUCCUGUGUUCUUGCGUUGCCGUGAUUUCUUGAGGAGCAGCCCGGAGAGGAACCGGAGAAACAUGAAGCAGAGCAGCAGUGUCCAGUCAUGGUGUGUGGGAGUAACGAUACAGCUGAUUUUAGCUGCCGUCCUGCACCAGGGUUUCGCUACUGUUGCCCCGCCCACAACUGCCCAAACCACCGCCGCACCGCACAAAGACCCUGGCAGACCUGAGAAAGGAAACUACCUGGUCAAGAACAUCAACGGUACUACCUGUCUACUGGCAUCCAUGGGUCUGCAGCUCAACAUCACCUUCAACUCUGUCUCCCAGAACAAGACUGUGCAGGAUGUUAUGAACCUUCGGCCCAAUAUGACAAAGUCCUCUGGAUCAUGUGACACAGACAGCGCCUCCCUGCAGCUCACGACGGAUGCAGACAAGACCAACCUCACCUUUUUCUUCACCCUGAAUUCCACGUCCCAUAAGUACCACCUGAGUGAAGUGUCUCUGUCUGCAGCUUUGCCAGACAUGAAAGAGCCCGUUGUAGCCCACAACCGCAGUCUGGACUACCUGCGCGGCACCUACGGUUACUCAUACAUGUGUCGUGAGGAGCAGACUCUGAAUGUGGCUGAGGAUUUGUCCAUCAACACCUUCCAGGUGCAGGUGCAGCCCUUCGGCCUCACCGGAGAUCAGUUCGGAGCAGCUGAGGAGUGCCAGCUGGACGAAGAUGACAUGUUGAUCCCCAUCAUAGUCGGAGCAGCUUUAGCAGGUCUCGUCCUCAUCGUGCUCUUGGCGUACCUCAUUGGCAGGAAGAGGAGCCACGCUGGCUACCAAACCAUCUGAGGUCACUUGUCACUCUCAUGUUCCCAGAGGCCAGAGCGCGCUGUCCCACCCUUCAGAUUAACCACUGUUUUAUGAGACUUAACACUCCUCCCUUUGUCCCCCCUCUAUCCCUCCAUCCUCCACCCUCCCUGCCUGUGUGUGUGCUGUUCUCCGCCCUCAUCAGUAACACUAGUCAUUAUCACUUUGUGGAGGUUGAUACGCUCUUUCUAAACUGACCCGCUCAUUCAUAAAAAAGGGGGGCUUUGUUUGGAGAUAGUAAUGAAAUGACAGAAGAACCUACGGGUACGACAUAAAGCAGGGGAUGGAUGUUGAUCAGAGGGUCCAUGAGAGUCUCAAAUUGUAUUGUACUAUUUAUGAUUUCUGUGAAAGGAAUUUUGAGGGAUUUAUGGGAUUUGAGGGAAUCGCUACUGUAGCUUUUCUUAACGUUGAUCUGCUUUAGGGCGACCAUUUUUAGUCGUCAGUGAGGUCUGUUGUUGUUAUAAAGGGAAUUUUUCUGCGUGUUAAACUUAAUCUACUGCAGACAGUCAUCAUCUGACUUUUUUUAUUGCAGCUCUACAUUUAGCCCAAGUAUGCAGAUUUUAUAUAACAUACUAAAAACACAAUAACCCAAUCUGAUAAAGGACAUGUGAGGAGUCCCCCAAGUAGUUAAGAUGCAUUUAGGAAUUGAUUUGUUCACUGGGAUUAGUGGUGAUAUGUCCCGUUCCCUCUGAAAGGUACUCAACUAAUUUUGUAUGGAGACUGAAGAUGCAGUCGUCAGCUGUGUAAGAUAAUUGUGUUUUGGCUUUUUCACCUUAUUUAAAGGAAUAAUUCAACAUUUUAGGAAGUAGGCUUAUUUGCUUUUUUGCAAAGAGUCACAUGAGGAUUGAUACCACUCUCAUAUUUGCUUAAUAUGAAGCCACAGGUAGCUCUGAAUCUCAUUAUACAAUGCAAGGAUUGCCAGCUAAAUUUUGUUAACAGUGUUUCCGGUGAAAGUCAAAGUGAGGGCCAACCCCGGCUUUGUUCCGUUAUUUUGUCGCUCUGUCCAUGAUUUUCACAGCUCCUGAUCACUGCUUUUUAAUGCAGUCCUAGCCUCACCUGCAUGCUGCUACUGACUGAGGGCUACAUGCCCAAAAAUGUAUAUAUACAGGCAGAGGGCAGAGUAAUAAAAUGUCACAUCACAAAUAAAAUGUGAUGCUUUCACAUUUCAGUUUUUGUACUGAUUAAAAAAAGAUAUGUGUUGAUAAGUGAGCUUUAGUGGUGCUGGUAAGAAGAUUUGUUACCUUAAGAUAGAGGUAGGCUAGCUGUUUCUCCCUGUUUCUCGUCUUAAUGCUAAGCUAACAGUUUCCUAGCAGUACAAUGAGAGUGGUAUCAAUCUUCUCAUCUAACUCUGGGCACAAAUGUGAAUUUCCUAAAAUGUCAAACUCUUCCUUUAAAGGAAUAAUUUAUCCACAAAUUAUCAUUUGUAUAUCAGUUACUCGCCUCAUGUUAUGUUGAAUUUGUGAGGAAACAUUGUUUUUCUCUUACGCCUUCACGGUGAACGGAGAAUCCAAAAAUGGAAAAAAAUUCUUAAUGAAUUGAAGUCACAUGGGUUGAUAUUUAACAGGAGCAAAACUGUAUCUGAAUAUCCAUUUACAGACUCUCGCACAACUCGUGCAGUAUAAUCAAAACCUCAUUUAUCCAGUCGUAUGCUCAUUACUAUUCAAAACAAACACAAACAGUCUCACGCAUGGACGAGUAGCGCACCUUAGCGACUCAAUUAAAUGCACAAGCAUAUAUGAAAAUGUCUUAAAUGGUAAGGUUUUAGCAAAAGGUUUUAGCCGUUUUGCUCCAGUUCCUCAGAAAUUUUCUCCGUUUUUGGAUUCUUCACCCACCAUGGAGACACGUAAGGAGAGCAACGUUUUCUUCAAGAAUUCAUUGUAACACAGGAUAAGUAGCUGAUAAACAAAUGAUCAUUUUAUGGGUAAAAUAUUCCUUUAGAAUAACAAUAGCCACUUUUUUGGAUUCUGCUGUUACAGUUCUCACAGGCAACAGGAGUUGCUUAAAAACACAAACACACAGCUGUUGGUUUAUGUGGAUGAAAAAGCUCAGGACAUCACUGUAAGAGUGUAAUCAUGUUGAAGUGUUUUACUCCACUGGGUGGUUUUGUUUGUUUUCUUUUCCCCUGAAUAUGGGCCCACUCUGGGUUUUGGUAGCUGAAGGGAGAAGUUGCACUAAAGUUCUGACAAACAGCCCCAUGUAAUGAUUAAAGUGGCCAAAUUGCUCUGGUCAGUGUUCAUCAGUGCCUUCCCAGCUGUGACAUAGAUGGGAUUAAAGUAAAGCCAAUGCCGUAGAGGUACUCACUCAUUCACUCACUGACACUGUGUGCUGCCAUGUCUGGGACAUUUUCUUUGUGUCUCACGUAGCCUUCAUGUACUGUUACUACCAUAAAUAUGCAUUGUUCAAUGUUGUAGGAGAAACUGCAGAUAUUUGUUUUUUUAUGUUGUUUUUUUCUCCCGCAUCUAAAUAUUCAUGUAGUGAUUUAAUAAGGUUUUAAUGGAUUUGUUUGAACUGUUUUCUAAAGGAGAGGUCAAUAAAAGUGAAUGAACGAGA